ACGUACCUUGGGAUUUCUUUACCGGAAACUACUAGGCACCGCACGUGUGGUUUGUACGUGAAGUCGUAGUGGCGAUGGGGAAGAGAAGGCAAAAAAGUCAUAUUUUUAAUAAUCUGACUAAAAAACAAAAGAAGCAUCUAAAAGAAUUCGGAGAGCAACACCCUUUCCAUGACAACGUCAAUGAAAAGUCCGAGAAGACACAAAUUGUGAAUCUGCCGGAGAGCCCGGAGCAGUCCAGCGCGGAGAGUGACGCGGAGAGCGAGCCUGAGUGCGCGUCCGCCUACCAGAAGCUGCUGUCGACUCUGAGCAAGCCUACUGUGGAGGAGGAGGAGGAGGAAGAAGAGAGUGAAGACGAAGAAAGCGAGAGUGAAGAAGAAGAACUGGAGAAUGGAGAAGAAGGUGGGAGCGACAGUGGCGAAGAGGAUGACGAAGACGAAGAGGGCGACGAGGUAGAUAAAACACCUGGAGAGCAGGAGAGAGAGGGCGAGGAGAUGGAAGAGGGAAAGGAGGGUGAGGAAGAGGAAGACGGCGAACGUGCCGGCGGGGACGACGUCGCGCUGGCCGAGGAGUUUACGGACAAAGAGCACGAGUCGCAGUUCAGUCUGGAGACAAACUUCCAGGAGGAAGGGGAGGAGCCAGAGGCUCCGGGUGCCCCAGCGCUGCAGGAUGACGCCCACGGUACGCUUCCUUUUUCCUGGGCCUCAGGGCCAGACGCACCCCAGCGCCAGGAGGGCUGCCUUCUUUUGAAGCUGUCGCACAUCCACUGGUGCAGUAGCUUUUUCAUGAACGUGCGUAAAAGAAGUUAUAAAUGGACUGAAGUUUGCUGUUCUCUCUCUCUCUCUGUGUGCCCAGACCUCUUUGUACAGCACCUGGACACAGAGCUUAGUGAAGACGAAGUGAAGAGGGCACAAACCGGGAGCAGAGCCAGGACCCAGACCAGGUGGCCGAGAUUGGGGUCCCUGGUGUUCACCUCCACCGUGGAGCGCUUCAGCACCCUCGGCAAGGAGAUUGGCAGGACUCCGCCCCGCCUCCACAAGGCCCUGGAGGCCAACUGGCCCGCCGCAAACAAGGCCUCCCUCCCCCAGGGGGCGCCGGAGGAUGUGAGUCCCCUGCAGCAGGAGCUGCUGGGCCUGAUGGGCUCCUACCGGGACGUGUACUUUCCGGAGAGCGCGCCCCUGGCGGAGGCGCCGCAGGUGCGGAGCGCCUACUGCCUGCACGCCCUCAACCACGUGCUGAAGGCCAACUCGCGCGUCCUGGAGCACAACACCCAGCUGAGGGAGCGCCAGGCCGGGGACGACCACCAGGGGGAGCUCCGGGACCAAGGCCUGACUCGCCCCAAGGUUCUGAUCCUGGUUCCGUUUCGGGACAGCGCCCUGCGGGUGGUGCAGACCCUCAUCAGCCUCCUGGAGCCCCGCGGCCGCAAGAUGGACGUCAGCAACAAGAAGCGCUUUAAGGACGAGUUCGGAGAGGAGCCGGGCGACCGGCCGCCCACCCUCACCAGGCCUGAGGACUACCACGCCGUCUUCUCCGGCAACGUGGACGACCACUUCAGGAUAGGCGUGUCAAUACUGCGGAGGAGCCUACGCCUCUACGCCCCCUUCUACUCCUCCGACAUCAUCAUCGCGUCCCCGCUGGGCCUGCGCACCGUGUUGGGGACGGAGGGGGAGUCCGUGCGGGACUUCGACUUCCUGUCCUCCAUCCAGCUCCUGGUGGUGGACCAGGCCGACGUCUUCCUCAUGCAGAACUGGGAGCACGUGCUGCAUGUGAUGAAGCACCUGAACCUGCAGCCGCUGGACGCUCACGGGGUGGACUUCUCUCGGGUGCGCAUGUGGAACCUGAACAACUGGGCUCAGUGUUACCGGCAGACCCUGGUGUUCAGCGCCGUGCAGGAACCCCAGAUCAAUAACAUCCUCUCCAAGCACUGUUUCAACUACAGGGGCCAGGUUGCUGUGAAGAAUUUGCCCAAAACGGGGUCCAUCUGCCAGGUUGUGGUCCAGCUGCCUCACGUCUUUCAGAGAUUCAGUUCUGACAGCUUUAUGGAUCAGGACGCUAGGUUCCGGUUCUUGGUGGAUAAGGUGCUGCCGCAGUACCGGGACGCGGUCAUGGGCCACACGCUCAUCUACGUGCCGUCCUACUUUGACUUCGUGCGCCUGCGCAACCACCUGAAGAGGGAGGAGGUGAACUUCGCCUCCCUGUGCGAGUACUCCAAGCGGGCGGAGGUGUCCCGCGCCCGGCACUUCUUCCAGAAGGGAGACACGCAGUUCCUGCUCUUCACCGAGCGCUUCCACUUCUACAAGAGGUACAGGAUAAAGGGGAUCCAUAACCUGAUCUUCUACGGGCUGCCCACGUACGCGCACUUCUACAGCGAGGUGUGCAACAUGCUGCAGGCUGGGGCCAGCGGGGAGGAGGCCAGCUGGACCUGCACGGCGCUGUACUCCCGCUACGACGCGCAGCGGCUGGCCGCCGUCGCCGGGGCCGACAGGGCCGCGCUCAUGCUGCGCUCCCAGAAGGCCGUGCACCUGUUCGUCACGGGGGAGGACAAGGCCCUCUGAGGGGCGGCGGGGAGGGGCGGGGUGUUCGGGGGAGGGCCUUUCCUGAGGCGCUGAAACGGGCGCUCGUCCCGAUGUCACUUCCGCCUCCCGUUUCCUGUUUCGUGUGACCGAGCUCGCCGCUCAAGCGACGGGGCUGCGUUGGAGGGCCGAGGUGCCGGGCUCCUGUUCGGCACGCCUCGCUCCCGUGAAGCUGAACCCGUCCUCUCCGUCCCGCCGGGACUGCAGCCAAGGCCGUCCCGAGCUUUGGUACCCGGGGGCGUGGUCAGAGAAAGAGUGCGAUACGCACUUCCUGCCUUCACCCAAUCAGCAUCGCUGCUCAAGUGGUCUCUAACACCUUCAAAUAACUUUAAAUACCGAUAAUAAUUGUUUCUAUUCUCAUUCGUUGUUUUGACACCUUGAGUAUUUUACAGUUCAUGUUUCACAGUACAUUUUCCAUGAAAAUUUGUGGAAUUGUUAUUUUUUUUAAAUGUAACUGAAAGGAGGAAUCUGUUUUGUGCCGUCGGUUGUUCAGGAUGUCCGUAUUUAUGUAAUUCUUGGCUGUCAUACCUGUGAAUAAACAAAACGCUGUAAAAUGA